CCCCUGUGUUCGUCCAAUCAGGAGCGCUUCCUGUCAGGACCGGAUGUUCAUUCUGAAGACAGAUCUGAUGCUUUACCGAUAAUAUAUGUGUAACGUAAAUAUUUGCGCCAUGACGACAGAUUCAGACGCGACAGGAAGAGGAAGUGAAUCUAAACUAAAGGUGUAAUGUCAUGAAUGCUUCACCCUGACGGCAAACCGCGCGAUGAGCCCGCAGAAGAAGAGGAAGAAGAGGAAGGAGCUGAACGCCCUCAUCGGCCUCAGCGACAGCAGCCGGAGGAAGAGCAAGCAGAGCUGCGGACACCGCCUGCUGCGGACCGAGCCGCCCGAGUCCGAGGAGUCCGAGCCCGAGUCCGAGUCCGGCUCCGAGGAGCAGCAGUUCGGCGGCCGCAGCGGCCUGCUCGGGAGGAGCUCGCUGCGGUGCUGCUCGCUCUGUUACCCGCUGUGUGUGUUCGUGCUUCUGGCGGCGUGUGUCAUGGCCUGCGCUGGACUCAUCUGGAUGCAGAUCGCCCUCAAAGAGGACCUGGACUCCAUGAAGGAGAAGAUGCACACUAUGGAGAGCAGUCAGAAGCUCUCAUCUCACGAGAUCCUGAAGCUCAGUGAGGACCUGAAGGCCAAACAGAUGAAACUGGACGAGCUUGAGAGCGGAGACAAAGGCCUGGCCAAACUCUGGUCCAAUCUGACCGAGAUCAAUCAGAAGCUCAGUGCUCUGGAUUCUGCGGUCAAUCAUCAGAAGGCCAACAUCAAAUCUGCUUCUGAUCUGAUCGCGCUGCCGCGGACGGUGGAGGAGCUGCAGAAGAGCGUGGCCAGCAUCGGCAGCACCGUCACCAGCGUCCAGCACGACGUCACCAUGAUUCAGUCUGUCGUGGAAGAGAGAAGGAAAGAAGAUCAGCUGAAGGCCAAUGGAGAGAAGCCGGUGAACAUCAGCAGCAGCUGUGUGACGCUGAAGCAGGACCUGCAGUAUCUUCAGGAUGAUGUGAAGGAGUUGAACAGCUCUCUGCUGCUCCAUCAGUCGUGGUCGAGCGAGCAGAUCCAGAGCGUGCGAUUCGUGCUGUCUAACCUGAGCAGAUGGGUGUCAGCGCUGGACCAGAGCUCCUCAGGAGACACGCCGCAGCCGCCGCCGGCCGGCCGUCCGCUCCAGACUCUUCAGACCGCUGCAGACACUGGUUCCUCACGCUCCCGCCGCCCCAGGUUUCUGUCCCGCAGACGCUAUAAACGAGCACAGAUGUCCUCCCGCAGCACCGUGGCGUUUCCCGGGGUCAAGUCUGAGAGAGAUGUGGAGCAGCGGCUGUGGGGCCGUUCGUCUCUGGCCCCUGAGGAGCUGAAGGAGGUGUUGGUCUCGGAGCGAGACUCGCUGGAGGAGCUGCAUGCUGCGGAGGUCAGUCCUGAUGACGAGCGUCAGUGAAGAGGUACAGCGGCCUCGG